AUAUAUGACCUCUACUUUAUUUACUUCUAAGAAGGAUCCAUACUUUAUGGUCUUAACGUAGUGUUAUAUUUUCUUUGCCUUAUGGCAUAAAUUACCUAUAUCAAACUAUGUCAUUUUGAAUUUUAUUUACAAUUUGUACUAGUUUUUGUAGGAAGUUUUAUUGAAACGUUUUUAUUUCUUACAUAUUUCUAGUGGAAAUGAACGAAAGUGUUUAAAAAAAAACAAUAAGAACCUCAUGUAAGUAAUAUUUACAUUUACAUGCCUAUUUUUACAUUUUACAUGCCUUUUCAGUUGCAUCUGGUUUCCUACUAUUUGCCAACAGAACUGAAAUUUAGUAUAAAUUCGAUGCCAAUGUUAUGGUUCCAGGAUGAUGGGCCCGAAGACGGCAAUUGGGAUUUUCCAACAAUUAAUAAAACAACCCCAUGGAGUUUGGGUUCCUUAAAAUCAUCGUGAUUAGUAUCUAGUAGAUCAUACUCUAAAGAAAACUAAGUUGACGAUAAAACCUUUAUCAAAAAUUUUGGGGAAUGGUGGGAGCCUGAAACCUCUAGUAUUAUAAUGAAACAAUGCAAUGCUUUUAGUUGAUGUCUUUAUUUGUUGCUUUCAGAAACUCGAUGGUUCCAUAUGCUAGCUAAGGAGCGACCUAAAAAAGUCCGAAUUAAUAUUACUACUUAUUCUAAACCCAAAAGAAAAUAUAUCGUCGAAAUGAACAAAACUUGCGGCUCUAGAAACGAAAAUUCAAGAUUCAUAUGCUCGAUAUGUCUAAAUAGCAAUGCAAGAAACCUGGAGCAAAGCAAUCUCGAAUGCGAUAAAAGGAAAUCUAAAUCAUGUCCAAUGUGUCAAGGAACUGCCACAAAUUUAUCGCAUGAAAGAACCAAUAAAACUGACAAGAUUGAAAAUAAAGUCGAAGAUAGCAGGAUAAAAACCGUACAUCCGCCCAAAAUAAAUGUUGAUCAUGGACUAAAUCUUCUAACUGAAGUGUUGACUGUUUUUCAAAGUCAAAAGGAACAUAAUGACAAAGAAAAAAGUAGAACUAUCGUAUUAAAAGACGCUUGUGUGGCAGCGGAGUUAGGGAAGACCAAACCUAAAUUAUCUCUUAGCAAAAUUUUCCAAUUAUCUAUCGAAGGAGGCUGUGUCCAGGAAAGCGGUAAAUUUUGCUUAGUCAACGCAUGCCAACCGAAAGUAGCUACUAACUCCCAGUGUUCUAUAGACCUGAUAAAACAUAAAUCUUCUUCGAUACCCCAAAUGAAGAUGGAAGAACUGAAGAAUUCCUUGAAAGAAAAAACUAAAACUAAUAAAGAUGCUAUAGAAGAAGUUAACAGAAUGUUUGCUACUGUGAAAAGAGAUGAUAAUUUCGAUAACAUAAACAGACCUCUGGUCAGGAAUGGACCUAGAGUAUUGCCAGUGGUAAAAACCUCAUCGGAGAAGCCAUCGCAAAGACGAUCAGAUGAGGAUUCUGACCGCAGUCACAAUGAAAUAUGCAAAUGUUGCCAGAAUAAUCAGAACUAUUACUUGUCUAGCGGGGAUUCUUUGGCGAAAAGGGAACGAUGUGAGAAAAGUAUCAACGUGGAAUGUUGCAACAAAAAUCACAACCGUUUAUCUAAAGAAAUUCAAGUCUGUGAACGUUGUCGGAAACCUAGUUAUGGUUCUGAUUAUUAGAUCAGUUUAUGUAGAUGAAAUAAAUCGUCGAGUAACUAGGUAACUUUUGUGGCUUUUCUUUGAUAUUCCGAAAUUCAUAUUACGUAUCUUGAACAUCUAGCUGAAUACACGGGGGGUCUAGCGCGGACUGUGUUUUUCUUAGUUUCCCUUUUUCAAUGUUUGUUUUAAUCGCACUUAUACUAGGUAUAUUAGAGAAACGUAU